AAUGAAUUAAAUUCAAUAAGAGAUUACAACAAUCCCAACAAAGAUCUUUAGAAAUGCAUAAUGGAUAUCUAAGAAUUAAAGUGUAAAUAAAAAGAAAAGUCCUAAUUAUCCUUGUAAGAGAUGGGGUCAUACAGCUGUAGUACAUGAUAAAUACAUGUAUGUUUUUAGUGGUUGUGGAAAAUCAGACAAUGCUAAAUAAUGGGAAUAAAUUUAUCGUAUGGAUUGUUUAACAUUUCAAUGGGAAAGAUUGAAUAGUCCUUCUUUGAAACAUCCCUCUGGUAGAGAUUCUCAUUGUUCUGUUUGUCUUUAAAAUAAAUUGUAUUUUUAUGGAGGAUCAAGUAAUGAUUACAUAUUGGGUGAUUUUUGGAGCUUUGAUAUAGAGACUUAAGAAUGGACAGAAAUCUAAGUACCUUAAGAUAUGUAAGCUAGAGAAGGUCAUUCAAUGAUAGCAUUAUCAUAGAGAUUAAUUUAUAUAUAUGGAGGUUGGGAUUAAGUAUAGAAUACAAUGACUGAAUCACAUUGGUUAUAUGAUAUAAAAACAAAUAGAUUUUAAUAAAUUAAGAAUUUUACAGGAGAUGAAAUGAUAAAAUUAGAAAGUCAUACAGCAAAUAAGAUUGGAGAGAGUAUUUAUAUAUUUGGAGGUUAAGGAUAGAUGUCAUAAAAAUAAUUAAUAUUUUAUAAAGAUUUAUAUAAAUUAGAUUUUGAGAAUAUUAAUGAUUUAUAACAACGUUUUGAUUAAUAAGAAUUGGGUGAAGAUAAAAAGUAAAAUGUUGAAAAUAAUAUUGUUAUUAAAAUUGAGAAAAUUAAACCAAAUGGAUCUUAAUAACCAACUCCUCGUGCUUCUCAUUCUGCAAUAGCUUAUGCUGAUAGAUUUUUAUUUAUUAUAGGUGGAGAAGGGUAUUGGAUUGAAUUUUAUUUAGUUAUUAAUUUGAUUAAUAGAAAGAUAAUGAAGAGGAAGCAAUAGAAUAAGAUUAAGAAGAUAAUAUGUAGAAUUUAGAUGAAGAAGAAAAACCAAUCUAUCCUAAAAAUGAUAUUUGGAUAUUUGAAACUGUUAUGAGAGUAUUAAUUCUUAAUUUAAAAUAAUAGACAUGGAGUAAAUUAGUACCUAAAUCUAAGACUCCAAUAUUUUAACCAAGAUUUUCACAUAGUUGUAUUGUUUUUAAAGAUUAAUUGAUUGUUUUUGGAGGAUUAAGAAGUAUGGGAGAAGUAUUAGAAGAUAUCAUAGUAUUACAUUUAAAAGAUAGUGAAAAUCAUUUAUAAAAGUUUUCAAGAGAUGAAAUGAAAAAUGUUUGUAAGUAUUGUUAAUUGAUUUAUGGAAAUUAAUAAGAAGAAGAUAUCUCUUUUAAUAAAAUUGCAGAAAAUAAUGCUAUUAGAUAACCAAAAUUAUCUUUGACUUUUAUAGAUGAGUAAUAUAUUUAUCUAUUUAGAAUUACCAAAUUAGUUUAAUCACCAAUGUCUUGUUUUGGAUUAUUUUUAGAUAAUGCUAAAUUAUCAGAAGCUUCUGAAUUGAAAAUUGAAUACGUUAAUCGUUUGAGAAGAAAGAGAUCUCAAUAUUCAACUGAUGAUUUACAAGAGAAAAUACCAUUAAUAAUUAUUUUUGAAAAAGAAACAAAAGAUUUAGAAGAUCUAAGUGAGUUUUUAUUUAAUUUUGAUAUUCCAAAGAAGAAGAUUUGUUUAAAUAAAUAAGAUCAUGAAUAAAUUACUAGAAAUGGAGGAGAAGGUUUGAUUUUAGAAGAAUAGUAAUAAUUCAAUAAAAAAUAAUAUGCAUUAAAUUUUAAAAUAGCUUCACUUAGAUUAGGUGAUAGUGUUUUGAUUUGUCAUAAAUCAUCAAAUAGUUAUUAUGUUGGUUUUAUAUCUAUGAAUAAUCUUUUGAAUCCUAAUGAUGAAUCAUUAACAUUCUAUAAUUAUACACUUACUAUAAGUAGUGAGAAAGAAAGAAAGGUAGAUUCUCCUGAAAGUAAAUAUUUUUUAUUGAAUGCUGUCACUCAUUUAUUAAUAGAAGAAGACUUCAUUCUAAAUUGUAAUCAUAAUUACACUAAAAUUUUUAUCUUUGAUCUUGCUAAGAUACAUUCCCAUUAAAAAGUUUUUGAAUUGAACUUUAAUAAUGAUGACAUCAUUUCUAAUACUUAUUCUGCAUUUGAUCUCAAAAAGGAAGAUGCAAUUAAAUAUCCUGAUUAUUCUUUAAAAGAAUAUAUUAAAUUCUAUUCAUUAGAUCAACUUCCAUUUAAGGUUUAUCUUAAUGAUUAACUAUAAACAUCUUCUUUCAUUAAAAAUAGAACAGAAAUUAAACAUAAAGUUAUGGUGAAAAAUGAUAAACUUAUCAAUAAACUUAAUGAAUGUACUGAAGCAUAUGGAAUCAGUAGACUUCCUUAAAAUAAUUUAGGAAUAUUUUUAUAUUACUAAGGUAGAUUGAUAAAUAGAUACAAAAGAUCUUUAGGAUUAUUUCUAGGAGAAUAAGAAUAUACAGGAUAUUUAAACCUAUGUAAAUUCAUCAAACCUAAUUUAACAUCAGAAGUAUCAUUAUAUAAUUAUAUUUAAUUAGGGUUUCUAAAAUUCAUAUUUAACCUCUAUUUUAUUUUAAUUACUUGGUUCAUUAGAAGGUGAAUAUGAACCAGAGAAAAGAAAAGAAGUUAAAGUUUGA